AUGGCACUCUUCUACGUCGAAGGCCUACCCAUUGGGUGGAUAGCCAUCAUGCUCGCCCUCCUCGCGUCCAUGGGAGGUUUCAUCUUUGGCUACGACACCGGUCAGAUUUCCGACAUCCUUCUCAUGGAUGACUUCGUUCUGCGCUUCGCACAGUGCGGCGACCCCACAAACAUCUCAACGUGCCAGUUCUCUGUAGUCCGCGAGGGUCUCAUUGUCGCCCUCCUCUCUAUCGGCACCCUGGUUGGCGCCCUCCUCGGUGCGCCUACCGCUGACCGGCUCGGACGCCGAUAUGCCAUGACCGUGGAGUGUGGUGUAUUUAUGAUCGGGGUCAUCAUCCAGAUCACGACCUUCCACUCCUGGGUCCAGUUCGCGAUUGGCCGCCUCGUCAGCGGCCUUGGUGUUGGCUCGCUCUCUGCCGCGGUGCCCAUGUACCAGGCGGAGACGGCGCCGCCGCAGAUCCGCGGGACGCUGACCGCGACGUAUCAGUUAUUCAUCACCUUCGGCAUCCUUGUUGCAUACUGCAUUUCCAUCGGUGCCCGCGAAAUUCCCGGCUCCGGCUCGUGGCGCACCGUCGUCGGUAUUGGCCUGUUGUGGCCAAUCAUCUUGGGGAUCGGUAUUCUCUUCAUGCCUGAGAGCCCGAGGUGGCUUGCUGCGCACGGCCGUUUCGAUCAGGCGAAACGCUCAAUCGCGCUCGCUCGUGGUAUCUCUGCGGAGGAGGCUGAUGACCAUCCGUUGAUCCAUCGGGAGAUCGAGGGGAUGCGUUCUGCUAUAGACUACGAGAGCAAGGUGAAGGCGGGGUGGCUCGAGUGCUUCAAUCCCGAGCGCAAGCAGCUCUACCGCACCCUGUUUGGUAUGACGCUUCAGAUGUUCCAGCAGCUCACUGGCGCCAACUACUUCUUCUACUACGGAGCGACGAUCUUCCUGUCGGUUGGUAUCUCCGACUCGUUCGUUACACAGAUCAUCCUCGGUGCCGUCAACUUCGUCUGCACGUUCGGUGGUAUGUACGUCAUGGAGAAGUUCGGGCGCCGCUGGCCGCUCAUCAUCGGCGGCAUGUGGCAGUCGGCAUGGUUGUUUGUUUUCGCCGCUGCGGGGACCGCUAAGGAUCCAACGACCGACCAGAGCAUCGGCAAGCUGAUGAUUGUCUCCGCUUGUCUCUUCAUCUUGGGUUAUGCCAUGACCUGGGCCCCCGGCGUGUGGAUCCUAAUCGGCGAGACUUUCCCUACGCGCACGCGCGCGCGCCAAGCCUCGCUAUCCACCGCGUCGAACUGGCUGUGGAACUUCCUCCUCGCGUUCUUCACGCCGUUCAUCGUCAAGGCGAUUGGCUACCGCUACGGCUUCAUCUUCGCCGCCUGCAACCUCACCGGCGCGGUCAUCGUCUACUUCUUCCUCUACGAGUCCUCCGACCUCUCCCUCGAGAGCGUCGACAUGAUGUACUGCGACCCCAGCUGCAAGCCGUGGACGUCGCGCCGGUGGGCACCUCCCGGCUUCCGCGACCGUAGGGACUUUAUCCAGCAAGGCCGCGCCGCGGAGGCGGGGAAGCCGCUCGAAGAGGCGCGGUUGGAACAUGCGGAGGAGAAGGGGGCGGGGAAGGGCCCGUAUGCUGGGGCGUCACCGAAGGAGGCGGGAGAGCCGUAG